AUGGUCCUGAGCACCGAGUGGUCCCAGGUGGAGGUCAUCGAUUUGAUCAACGACGGCAACGGACUGGGCUUUAUGCUCGUGGGCGGACGCAGCACUGGUGUGGUGAUUAAGGCGCUGAUUCCUGGCGGCGUGGCCGAGCGCGACGGACGCCUCCAGUGCGGUGAUCACGUGCUGCAGAUUGGCGAGGUCAAUCUCCGUGGCUUCAGCUCCGAGCAAGUGGCCACGGUGCUGCGGCAGACUGGCGCCCAGGUGCGCCUCAUCGUGGCACGACCAGUGGAGCCCUCGUCACCCGACUAUCAGUCACUGGCCACGCACGCUCCCAUCAUUCCCACGAAACUGCUCUCCGAUCCGGAGGAGCUUGAGCGCCAGCUCCUCCAGACAGCCGGAUACACGCAGGCGACCCUCCUGGUUGCCUCGCCCACCCUCGUGGAGGGCCUCGAGGCCACCGUGGAGGUGAUCGCCGUGACCCAGGACACAGUCAGCUGCACUGUGUCCCCGUCGACUGCCACAAUGCCUCCGCUGCAUCUUCCCUCCCCGCCAUUGCUGCCCGAUUCCUCACCGCCGGCCCUCAUCAGCGACUACCUGGACCUGCCCGAGACGGAGACGUAUCAGGUGGAGCUGCGCAAGAACGUGUACGGUCUCGGGAUAACAGUGGCGGGCUACGUGUGCGAAGAGGAGGAUCUCUCGGGGAUCUUCGUGAAGAGUAUCAUUGAGGGAAGUGCCGCUGAGAUGAGUGGUAAGAUCCAAAUUAAUGAUCGCAUCGUGGCUGUCGAUGGCAAGUCACUGAGCGGUGUCACCAAUCAUCAGGCCGUGGAGAUACUGAGGAAUACCGAUAUCGCUGUCAAUUUAACACUCGAGCGCUUCCUCCGUGGCCGCAAGUACGAGCACCUCCAGCUGGCGCUCACGGAACCCCAACUCCCGCCCCCAGUGCCCACCAAUCCACCCCCAUCGAAUCCCACCUCACCAUCAAUCACCGUGCUGCCGUGGAUGCCACCGACAGACGACGCCGGCGGCGAUGUCGACAGUAUCAUCAGCAUCGACAGGGACCCGAACGUCAUCGAGCCAGAACUGGAGUCCAACACCACCAUUGACUCCAACGUGUUCGCCGUGGAGAACGGCGCUGCCUCCGAAGGAGAGUCCGACACAACGCCCACACCCACGCCCACUUGCGACUCCGCCACGGCUCAGUGGAACCGCGAGCUUCCCGACCUGAAGAUCGUCGUGGCACAUAUCAACAAGCUCUCCGGCCUGGGCAUCAGCCUCGAGGGCACAGUGGAGGUGGAGGGCGGCAUUGAGAUGCGUCCGCACCACUACAUCCGCUCGAUCCUGGAGGAGGGUCCGGUGGGUCGCGAGGGCACGCUGAAGCCCGGCGAUGAGCUGCUGCAAGUCAACGAGCACCGACUGCAGGGGCUGAAGCACACCGAUGUGGUGAAGGUGCUGAAGGAGCUGCCGACGAAUGUGAAGCUUGUGUGCGCUCGCAGUCACAAGCCACCGUCUGUGAUCAACACCUCCCAGAGUCCAGAGGCCUUUGAGGCGCGCAGCAUCCUGGCCGGUGGGCUGCAGAGCCUCCAGAAUCUCCUCACCAAGGCGCAAUCGGAGAGUUCUCUCUACACCUCCAGCACGGCGACGUUGACGGACCAGCAGCGCUCCAAGAGCGUCGAGCAGGUGUCCGGACUGGCGCUGUGGACCACAGAAGUGAUGUACAUUGACAUUGAGAAGACGGAGCGUGGCUUCGGGUUCUCCAUUCUCGACUAUCAGGAUCCACUGGAUCCCGAGGGAACUGUGAUUGUGGUGCGCGGAUUGAUACCUGGCGGCUCGGCCGAGACGACGAAUCUCAUCUUCCCGGGCGACCGACUUGUCUCCGUCGCGGACCACCAGCUCCACGGCCGGACACUGGAUCAGGCGGUGAGUAUCCUCAAGGGAAUGCCCGCGGGCGUCGUCCGCAUCGGGCUGUGUCGUCCACUCUCCACCUCAGACAACAAUGUGUCCUCCGCGGCGGAGACACCGACCACAUAGCUAGACAUCAUAGAGAUAUUUUUCGAAUUAGACAUUUGAGAAUUGAUAAGAGAGUUGCGCUCUUGGAUCUAAAUCUUAAUCUCAAUGCAAUUAGCCACAAAAUGCGAUAACUAGAGAGGAUGGAAAGAAAGAAAAUAUUUUACGCCCAAAACACACUAAUUACAAAUUUAAUAUUUAACCAUAAGUUCAUUCACAUCCUUUUGCGCUUAACAAUGAGAUUGUUGGCGUUACGAUAGAGAAUCCUCAAGGAUGGAGUGUUGCAAAAUUUAGCACAUUUUCUCUAUCUCUCCUCGCAAUGUUGCGCGAGAUAUAAAGAAUUUAGGGACUUGAAGGAAAAGAACAGCAACACACACAAUACCACAACACUGCUUCUUAAAGACACACUCUUCACGCGCGCACCACCUUUGACUUUAAAAAAAAAACAGACACUCUCGUCUCCCUCUGUUGAACCCCGCCGGGGGAUGGGGAGAGAGACAAACAAGGAGGGGCAUAACUAGGCAAUUCACAGAGACACGCCAUUCGGGGAGAUUUUCGCGAAAUUAUCUAACAUGAAUGGCCCUCGUAAGAACGUGCGAAAUGGCACAGAUUUCAGCAACAUCAACAGUUCAUAUUUGCAUAAAUGGCAAUGUUUGAGGUUCUGCCGAAGCACAGUCAAGAAUAUUUUCCCUUCGGCUUUAAGUAAAUUGAAGAGAUAUCGCCAUAAUCUCACAUUACAUUAUAAACGUGGAGGAGAAAAAAAAAAGAUGUACGAAGCAUUUUCUUCUGACGCUUUAAAAGGGGGCGAACAAACUUAUUUGCCAUAUAAACUAUCCAAGAGAAAUGUGGGCAAAUUGUGCCACGUCGAAAACUAUCGCAUA